AUGGAUAUUGAGCAAACAUCUAGUAUUGACCAACCUCAAUCGUCUCCUUUCACUGGUGAAAAUGUGAGUUCAACUCCUUCUGAACCAUCUUUGACACCUACUCCUCCACCUCAACCCCCAACUACUAUGAAAUGUCCUCCUCCUCUUACAACUGUAACUGAAAGUAAAGCUACAGAAGGUAGUAGAAAGAGAAAAAAUUCUACAAGAAAGGUGUCAAAAGUGUGGGAACACUUUACUAAGUUACCAUUGGAGGAGACAACUGGAGAAGUUAGAGCUGCAUGCAAGUACUGUAAUUUAGAUUAUGCUUGUGACCCAGGCAAGCAUGGUUUAACAUCCUUAAAGAGGCAUGUACCAAAGUGUUCCAAGAAUCCACAUAAAGCUACACAAAUGACGAAGCAAUCGAUAUUGAAUUAUGUGACACCAAGUGGGCAAGAGGGAAGCUUAGUACCUCACAUGUUCAAUCAGAAACGAUGUCGCAGGGCUCUAGUUGAGUUCAUCAUAUGUGAUGAGAUGCCAUUUAGGCUUGUUGAGAAGGAAGGCUUUAAAAAAAUCUUGAAAAAUUUGUUAAAGAAGUGUACUAAUCGUCUUUGCCUCACUACAGAUUGUUGGACAUCAGUUCAAAACUUCAAUUACUUAUGUUUGACAGCCUAUUUCAUUGAUAAUGAUUGGAACUUGCAUAAGAGGGUUCUUAGUUUUUGCAUGGUUGAGAAUCACAAAGGUGAUACGAUAGGCAAGACAAUUGAAAGGUGCUUAUCAGAUUGGGGCAUACAAAAUGUGUUCACUAUAACUAUGGAUAAUGCAACUUCCAAUGACAUAGCCUUGUCUUACUUAAAAAGGCAUUUAAAGAAUUGGAGGGGUCUUGUUUGUGGUGGUGAUUAUCUUCAACUACGGUGUUCUGCACAUAUUCUUAAUCUAGUUGUUAAUGACGAGUUGAAGGAGUUGAAAGAUACUUUUGAGUCCAUUCGAAAUGCUAUUAGAUAUGUUCGUUCCUCUCUUGCUCGCUUGCAAAGAUUUAAAGAUGUUUGUGAAUUAGAAAUGUUGGACACAAAAAGUAUUGUUUGCCUUGAUGUCAGUACUAGAUGGAAUUCUACAUAUUUAAUGUUGGAUGUGGCUUUGAAGUUUCAAAAGGCAUUUGAAAGAUUAGAGGAUGAAGAUGAAGAUUUUGUUAGUUACUUCAACAAAGGUUCAAAGCGUCAUGCUCAAAUUGACUUUUCUUGUUUAAAGGGUAGCAUAGAUGCCUAUGUUUAUAGGCAAGAUGCUAGACCCGAUGACAACAUGGAUGCUUUUGCUUACUCUAGGCAAGCUCCUCCUAAGCGUAAUGGCCCUCCAAACAAACAAGCUUGGAAUAAAGCACGGUUCUUUCUUAAGUUCUUGAAGGUGUUUUAUGAUGUCACUUUACAAUUUUCUAGCACACUGAAAGUUACUGCACAUACAUGCUUCCAUCAAAUUGCUUUAAUUCAAGAGUUGUUAGAUGAGAAUGUUGAAAGUGAUGACCCUCUUCUUAGGGAAAUGUCUUUGAGCAUGAAGAGAAAGUAUGAUAAGUAUUGGGGGGCAGCAGAUAAUUUGAACCCUUUGUUGAUUAUUGCUGUGAUUCUCGAUCCUCGAUACAAGCUUGCCUAUAUCAAUCAUGUAUUUGAUCAGCGUUUUCCUGCCCCUGACCUUUGCAUGUCCAUAAAGAACAAGGCAAGAGACACUUUGUAUCGCCUAUUUGAGGAAUACUCUGCAACAAUUGGUCCUGAUACAAGCAGUUCUGGUAGUAUCAACUCUCCAAGUGCUCUUGACACCAACACUUCAAAUGCAAGUAAAGGUAAAAAAGACCCUGGUCGUAGAUGUACAUCUGAGGACACCCCUAUUGAUGAUGAUGAUGAUGAUUUUGAUAUCUUGACAUGGUGGAAGGUUAAUUCUACCAAGUAUAGAGUGCUUUCCUUGAUAGCACGAGAUGUAUUGGCUGUACCAGUAUCUACAGUUGCUUCUGAAUCAGUUUUUAGCACUGGAGGACGUGUUAUUGAUGAUUAUAGGAGUUCUUUAUCUCCUAAGAUGACUGAAGCACUCAUUUGUGCCCAGAAUUGGCUAGUUGCAGGGCAAUCUCUCUCAGAGUUUGUCUCUAUGUUUCAUGAGGUUGAUAAUUUUCAAGAGACUGAUGAUGUGGUUAAUGUUGUAGGUUUUCACAGGACCAGACUGGACUACGAGUUGCCUAACCUAGUCCUUUUCAUGAAAAGGACCAGACUUUGGGUUAGGCUGAAGUCUAGUCCCGUCCAGUCCUUUGUGCAGCCCUACGCAUCAUGUGUCGUGGCACAUGGCACAGAAGAUUCUCCUGCUUCAAUGGUCAUCUAUGCACUGCAACGAAUGUGUUGCAUAUCGUGA